AUGAGCCACUUGCGGCUGUAUAGCCGCUUAUACGCAGCUGAGGCGACACGUGUGCUGGAUGAAGUGACAAGGAAACGACGAUUGAGAAAGCAGCUUGAGGCACUUGAACAGGAUAAUUUUCAUGAAGAUCCGCAUGCGCAACUGCAAUGGCAUAAAAAUAUUCCGAAGUUUGACGAUGAGCAACCCGGACAGAGUACCAGUCGUAAGCCAGAUGGAGAGCCUGGAAAGAAAAAGAAGAAAUUCAAAGCGGAACAUUUCAAGCAGAGAUUUCGAAAGAAUUUCUCAGCUUUAGUGGAGGAAGAAUCGCUCUCGAGGACUAUGGAAUUUUCUGGUUUUGAUGCUUACAACUCGACACGUGCUCCACCUAGCCAGAUUCCACCGAGGCAGUUUUGCGCUGUAUGCGGUUUCUUCUCAAAAUACACAUGUAUAAGGUGUGGUGCUCGAUACUGUUCGAUCGGUUGCAGAGAUGUGCAUAACGAUACACGGUAA